CCACCCCGCAGCGCAUGACAUGUCGAAGCCCACGGCCAACUGGGAGAAGCUGGGCGACAAGUUCUACCGUAAGGUCCAGCUGUACACGGCCAUCUUCGACCAGGAUCUCGAGCUCGAGAACUACAAUGUAGUGGGGGCUCCGUAUAGCGGUGCUGUAGCCAUCUACCGGGAUGAGAACAAAAUAACGGCAUACCGCGGUGCCCAAGCGUCGAAAGCGAGCAUCGAUAUUUAUAGCUGCGCUGGUCAAUUGAUCAGGCGCAUUGAUUGGAGCAAAGGCACCAUCAAAGGGCUGGGCUGGUCCGACGACGAGAAGCUGCUUGUUGUUACCGAAGAUGGCACCGUGAGAUGUUACUAUGACCUGCAGGGCGAUUUCGUUCCCUUCUCUCUUGGCCAUGGCGCCGAAGAUCACCUCGUCCAGUCUUGCAAAUUCUACGGCUCUGGCUUCGUUGCCUUACUCGGAAACAACAAUCUGAUAUCGGUGACCUCGUAUACAGAGCCUCGGCCCAAGCUCCUCGCCAUACCACCCCCCGACCCCAUCAUUUCAUGGUCCAUAAUACCCCCUGCGUACUCGCUCUCCCGGUCGGUAGAAGUAAUUCUCGCAAUCGACCAGACGUUAUGGGUGGUGGAUGCGACAGAAGCCGAGGACCGCAACUUUGACGCUGGACCGUUUAGACACAUCAGCGUAAGCCCGAGAGGAGAAUUCUUGGCCUUCUACACAGACGAUGGAAAGGUGUGGGUUGUCAGUGGCGAUUGGAGCGACAAGCUGAGUGAAUACGACAGCAAAGUCAAGACAGUACCCAAGGAUAUGCAGUGGUGUGGUAGUAAUGCGGUUGCAUUGGCAUGGGAAGAUGAAGUUCACCUCAUUGGGCCGAAGAGCGCUGCCACAAAGUUUUACUAUGAUGCCUGGAUACAUUUGAUCCCCGAUGUCGACGGUCUCCGUCUGUUGACGAACGAUGUUUGCGAAUACCUACAGAAAGUGCCGGACGAAUCCGUAGAUGUUUUCAGGCUGGGUUCCGACACCCCCGCGGCCAAUCUGCUCGAGGCAGCAUCUUUACUGGAGCAGAAAUCGCCAAAGGCAGAUGACCUUAUCCAGCUCAUUCGACCGUCUCUCGCCGAAGCAGUAGAAACUUGUAUUAAAGCGGCGGCACAUGAGUUCAGCAUUCAUUGGCAAAAAUCUCUGCUUCGCGCAGCUUCAUUUGGGAAAUCCGUGUUGGAUCUGUACUCGAGCGACGAUUUUGUGGAGACUUGCGACACUCUCCGCGUGUUGAAUGCGGUCCGCUUCUACGAAAUCGGCUUGCCCAUCAGCUACGAACAAUAUCGACGAUUGACGCCGGAAAAACUGAUCGAGCGCCUCACAAAUAGGAAUGAGUAUCUGCUCGCCCUCAGAAUAGCAUCCUACCUACAGCUUCCGUCUGCGAAUAUACAUGGACACUGGGCCCAGCAGAAAGUGCGCGUCUCAACCGACACCGAAGAGCAGAUAUGCGCCCUCAUUGUCAAGAAACUCCACGGAAAGCCCGGCAUCUCCUUCGAGGAAAUCGCACGCGCCGCUUACGAUGAAGGCCGAGUUCGUCUAGCGACAGAGCUCCUCAACUACGAGCCCAGAGCCGGCAAACAGGUUCCACUACUCCUCAGCAUGAAAGAAGACAACAUCGCGCUAGACAAAGCCAUCGAGUCCGGCGACACAGAUCUCAUCUUCCACGUACUACACCACCUCCACCGUAAGCUGCCCCUUGCCAGCUUCUUCCGCGUCAUCAACACCCGCCCCGUCGCAACUGCCCUCGUCGAAUCGUCCGCCCUCGACUCGGACCGCACCCUCCUAAAAGACCUCUACUACCAAGACGACCGCCGCCUCGACGGCUCAAACCUCCUCCUCACCGAAGCCAUUGCCCAGCCUUCUCUCCCCCCCGCAACCGACAAGCUCAAACUCGCCGCAAAAUACCUCGCCGACACGCGCGACCCCACGGCGCAAUUCCACCGCACGGCCCUCGAAGACGCCGCAAAGCUCCUCCGCAUGCAAGAGCAAUUCGACCGCGACCUCCUCUCCUCGUCCCCCCCAACUUCAGCAUCCAACCUCGCCGCAAGCACUUCCCUCGUCGGCCUCUCCCUGCACGACACAAUCUUCCACCUCCUCCGCCAAUCCCACAUCAAGCGCGCCGCGAAACUGCAUUCCGAGUUCAAAGUCCCCGAAAAGGCCUUUGCGUGGAUCAAGCUCCGCGCCCUCGUCUCCGCGCGCCAUUGGACCGAACUCGAGGAUAUCGCCGCCAAGCAGAAGAAAUCGCCCAUUGGCUUCGUGCCGUACUUCAAUGAGAUCCUGGCGGCGGGGAACCAGCGCGUCGCCGCGCUUUUUGUGCCAAAGUGUGCCGGUGGGUACGCCGGCGUGGCCGUCGAGGAAAGAGUCGAAAUGUGGUUGAAGUGUGGGCUUGUUGUACAGGCUGGCGAGGAGGCGUUCAAGGCGAAGGAUAGAGCGCUGCUUGAGGGGGUUAGAGCGAAGGCUGAGGGUGGCGCUGCGGUGGAGGUGGAGAGGUUGCUUGGGAUGUUGGGGAGUGGGAAGAAAUGA